UAAGCUAGGAAUGUGAUAUUAGAAUAGAUGCCUGACUCUGCAUAUUAGAGACACCAAUUAAUGUUAUUAAAUUAAAUUUGGAAUCUGUGUUUGAAGGCUGCUUUGCAGAACAAGACUGGGAUAACACUGGUUGAGAUUCAUCCUGUGCUCUGGAAGUGUCUUCACAAAUCCAAUGCCACUCUUGUGUGUCAGGCUGCCUGUUAACAUUAAUCCAAGUCUCAUGAGAAUAACUCAGUCUGACAACAAUCCAGUUAAAAAAAUAAUUUCCUAUAUUAACAAGCAAAAUAAAAAGCGAUUAGUUCACAAGAUGGACAUGGAUAAAUAAUGAUCAUAUGAACACGUGUGUCUUCCUGCAAUGCAGUGGGAAAAAAUACUGUUAAAAUACAGUUUUCUUACAAUAAUGUCCUGCAUUUAAAUAUAACAGGAUUAUACUAUUGAAAUCACAAUGUAAAUUUAUAGCAAUUUCUAACCGCACCCUGCCUCUGCCCAAUGACAGCUGGCAUAGGCUCCAGCAACCUCCCACAGACAUUCCCGAAAAUGCUUAAUACAAAAAUGUAAAAUCCUGCUGACAAAAAAUCAUAAUGGCCUCUUUUAAAGCAACUUCGGCAAGGGCCGCUUUUGAUUUGUCACCGUGUGGAAAGCUAAGGUGUGGGUCUGCAUAAAGGUUACUGCAUUGUAACUAGAACGCACAACGCCCAUGGGUGAUACAAAAAAAUCUACACAAAAUACUUCCUCUGGUGUUCAAAUCGGCAGUGGGAAUCCCUACAUAUAAUUGUGAAAGUGUCCGGUUCUGUCUUUUAAAAAAGGACCCCUUUAUUCGCAGCCAUAUCAGCAUCUGUCUUCACAGGCUGUUAGCGGCACUGCAGAGGGAAUACAGUAGUGUCCACUCCCCGGUCGCCACCUCACUCACUUUUCCACAUCUCACCCUCAACGCGCACCAUUGAAUCAUCUCACGUCCGACUUUCGCGUGCAUACCUCACCUCAACGGCAGCCGAACGUGACCUGACGACAGGAAUCCCUCGAUCUGCCCGUUUUCCCGUGGAUUGUGAUCUAGAGGAGACAAUGAAAUUGCCUUAUUUCACAGCAGUGGAGGACAAAACCAUGAAUCCGUGGCUGCUAUUCGCGCUACUCGGCCUCUGCUCAGCAUUUGGACCCAGUAAACAAGAAGAAGAGGACUACGAAGAUGUGCCCAUAAACAAGACCUGGGUCUUAUCACCAAAGGUCUAUGAGAGUGAUGUGACUUUGAUCCUUAACAAACUGCUGCAAGGAUACGAUAACAAACUGCGACCUGACAUUGGAGUGAGGCCAACAGUGAUUGAAACAGCAGUGUAUGUCAACAGCAUCGGACCAGUGGAUCCCAUUAACAUGGAAUACACCAUUGACAUCUUCUUUGCUCAGACAUGGUUUGAUAGCCGACUGAAGUUCAAUAGCUCAAUGAAGCUGCUUAUGCUUAACAGUAACAUGGUAGGCAAAAUCUGGAUUCCCGACACUUUCUUCAGGAAUUCCAGAAAAUCAGAUGCUCACUGGAUCACCACUCCCAAUCGCCUCCUGAGACUGUGGAGCAAUGGGAGAGUAAUGUACACACUGAGGUUGACUAUUAAUGCGGAGUGUUACCUUAAGCUGCAUAACUUUCCAAUGGAUGAACAUUCGUGUCCACUGGAGUUUUCAAGCUAUGGCUAUCCAAAGAAUGAGAUCACAUAUCGGUGGCAGAGGAGGGCAGUGGAAGUUGCUGACCAGCGGUACUGGAGACUCUACCAGUUUGCUUUUGUAGGGUUGAGGAACACCUCUGAUGUGGCUCACACUCAGUCAGGGGAAUAUGUUAUCAUGACUAUCUUUUUUGACCUGAGUCGGAGAAUGGGCUACUUCACCAUUCAGACCUACAUUCCCUGCAGCAUGAUUGUGGUCUUGUCCUGGGUCUCCUUCUGGAUCAACAAAGAUGCCGUUCCAGCCCGCACAUCACUGGGUAUUACUACUGUGCUUACCAUGACAACUCUAAGCACCAUCUCCAGGAAGUCUCUGCCAAAGGUUUCAUAUGUCACUGCCAUGGACCUGUUCGUCUCUGUCUGCUUCAUCUUCACUUUCGCUGCACUCAUGGAGUACGGUACUUUACACUAUUUCACCAGCAACAGACAGACCAAGAAAGCUAAGGCCAACACAAAGAAAUCAUGCAGUAUGGUCAAUAUCCAGCCUUGCACAUCCCUUUUGCAGAUGAACAACAUUGUGCCCUGUCAUGAGGAGAAUGACUAUGCUUAUGAGUGUUUAGAUGGAAAAGACUGCACUAGCUUCUUCUGUUGCUUCGACGACUGCCGAUCAGGAGCGUGGCGUGAAAACAGGAUGCAUGUACGAGUUUCCAAGAUUGAUUCUUAUUCACGAAUAUUCUUUCCUACUGCUUUUGGCCUUUUCAACCUGGUUUACUGGAUAGGUUAUCUGUAUCUAUAAAACCUGCUUUUGAAAGGACAGCAGUGGUUUUACUAUGGUCAAGCAUUUCACUGAAACAUGAGAAAACAGGUUAAAAAAAAAAAAGGUAUAAAUUGCCAUACCCGGCUGCUGACCCCCAAGUUGCAAUAAAGCAUGACAAAUUAGGUAUAGCAGUCACUCUUCAGUGUGUCAUUCAUCUUGAUAUUGAUGACCUUUGGUAACCAGGAAACAUUCUGAGCAGAGGUUGGGAACUUUUGACAGAUGUUGAAUUGUUAUUCGUUUUAACAGCCAAAUGUCAUAAUCUGUUGUUUCUGCAACACAAGGAAAUAACACUGAAAUGUGUUAAAUAUUGUCUUAAAAUUGCCCUGUGCAACAUUUCAUUGUGUAUUAACAACAGCUUUCAGUAGUAAUGUGUCAGUAUCACAGAGGGACAAUUAACAACAUGAAUUUAGUUGUAUUUUCACUUCAACGAUGCAUCCUUAUACAGUUAUUGAAAUAUAGUACAUAAACUAUUUUUAAUGGCAUACACGUUGUAUCUUGUAUUCUGCAUUACCUUAUUCAUGCUGAAGUGAAAAUCCUGAUGUACUGUAACUUAUUUAUCUAAUCACCAUUUAAAUCCAUACCAAUAAGGAUCCCAUUUUAACAGCAUAAUUUACUGACUGUCAUCAGUUGUUUAGACAAUGCAUAUUUGACCCAAACUGCUUCUGGUGCUAUAACAGCCGCUGUUUAGGACCUAGGUGUGAAAACAACAGGCAUGCAUGAGUUUCCAAGAUUGAUUCAAAUUGAUUGAUUAAAAAUAUUUUUACCUACUA